GGAUCGGGAGUAAUCACUAACUAGUGAGAGGGCAAAAAGAGGGGGGAAGGACAAAGGAAAGAGCGAUGCCCACAUUAAAUCAAUUGAUUCGUCAUGGUAGAGAAGAAAAACGGCGCACGGACCGUACUCGAGCUUCGGAUCAAUGUCCCCAGAAGCAAGGAGUACGCCCCCGUCUUUCAACGAGAACACCGAAAAAACCUAAUUCAGCUCCACGUAAGAUAGCCAAAGUACGGUUGAGCAAUCGACAUGAUAUAUUUGCUCACAUUCCGGGCGAAGGUCAUAAUUUGCAGGAACAUUCUAUGGUCUUAAUAAGAGGAGGUAGAGUGAAAGAUUCGCCAGGUGUGAAAUCCCAUUGUAUUCGAGGAGUCAAGGAUUUGCUGGGAAUUCCGGAUCGAAGAAGAGGAAGAUCUAAAUAUGGUGCAGAAAAACCUAAAUCGAUAUGAAUGGAAGAUGCCUCUUUCACUUC